CAUCGCGUGCGCGUCCACUCAGUGUACACACACACACUCUCAUACUAUAUAUACAUAUAUAUAUAUAUAAAGGGGAAAAAAAAGUCGUAACUGAAGAUAAGCAUAAAUUUAGAAAAUGUUGCGUUCGUUGUGCUACGGCCUGCUGGCCUUCGCCUGCCUGUUUUCCAUGGGAAAUUCCGACCUAGAGCUGUUGCGCGAUGUACGCAACCAGGAGAACCAGGCCCUGGUGCAGAAAUACUACGAUGCACACUCGACGCUGCCGCCACUGUUGUCGCCUGGCCUUGUCGCCAGCUUGUCAGCGCCCGCUGAAUAUGCUAGUCCCAGCUAUAGCUACAGUGCUGGUUCCGGUUCCGGUUCGAGUACGGGCUAUGUGGAUGUGGCCGCCUCGGAUGAUAUUGCACGGCAUAUUUUGACCUUCGCGCAAAAUCUGUCCAAUCAGAUUAACAGCAGUAAUCGCAAAACAACCGUAUUCUCACCGCUGAGCAUUAUGUCCGCGCUGGCGCUGCUGCUGCUCGGCGCCAAAGGGCGCAGCUACACGGAACUGAUCGCCGUAUUUGGCCAAAGCGACAUGGUUAAGCUGCACGAACAGUUCGGCCUCAUGCUGCAGGAUGUGCAGCAGCCAACCAGGCAGACGACCUCGCCGCAACGCCAGCUGGACGCGUGGCACAGCAACAGCAUACGGCGCAGCCUGCGCACCUAUCCGCGCAACCGGAACGCGCCGCAGGAGGUGCAUGUGGCCAACGGGCUGUUCCUGCAGUACGGCUACAGCUUGAAUCCAGAUUACAGACAAGCGAUCAUUCAAAUCUACAAAUCGGACCUACAGACGCUCGACUUUCAGCGUAGUCCAGCCAUAGCGAAAUAUAACAUCAACUCGUGGGUGGAACAGCACACGAAGGGCAAAAUCGAGAAUAUUCUGACAGAUGAUUUGCCACAGGACACACGCAUUAUAAUGGCCAAUGCUUUGUACUUUAAGGCCAUGUGGGAAAUUGAUUUUAUUGGCGGCGCGACCAAAGUGGAGGAAUUCUAUCCGAAUGGCGAGGGCACCCAGCCCGUGCUGCCCGUGGAGAUGAUGGUCGGUGCCGGCGCCUUUCCCUACUAUGAGGAUCCGCAGCUGAAUUGUCGCAUUAUUGGUCUGCCGUAUCAUGGUAAUCUCACGACCAUGUACGUUAUACAGCCGAUGCGUUCAUCCGUGGUGGAGCUGGCGCAAUUGCAGCAAAGACUUACUGCGGAUGCCAUUGAGCACAUGAUUGGCCAGAUGAGCAGACGAUCCAUAAUUAUAGCAUUCCCCAAGCUGCACAUUACCGAAUCCUUCAAACUGCACAGCCUGCUCGAACGCAUGGGCAUCGGCGGCAUCUUCAAUCCCGUCCAAAGCGAUCUGUCAUUGAUAGGCACAAAUCAACCGGCAGCAGCUGUUCCGGCAGUGGCAACGGAUCGCAGCCAUGCGGAUGGCUUGGCCAGCUUGCGGAACCUGGUGGCACAGCGGCAGGCGGCAAUGUCAGUACAAGGCCCAACUCCGCCUUCCGAUCUCAUUGUAUCCGAUAUUUUGCACAAGGUUGACUUUGUGGUCAAUGAACAGGGCACUGAGGCGGCCGCUGCAUCGGCUGCUAUUCUGAAAAAGUCUGGUCCCGAGGUGGUAUUCCGCGCCGAGACACCAUUCAUGCUGCUGGUGCGUCACGAUCUGACAAAGCUUCCAUUAUUCUACGGCCUGAUCAAUGAGCCGCCCACAGUCAAAGCCGCCAGUUCAGAGCGUCAAAACUAGAGACCUAAGUAACUUUCAUAAUUAGCAACUUAAGUAGUUAGCAUUAAUAACUAAGCCUGUGCAUGUAUUUAUAAAAUUUCCAUUAUAAGAUUGUUAGUAAAUAUAUAACUAUAAAUAUGUUAAACAAUCUAAUUAGUGUACAUAUGUAAAUGAGCCUUAAAUUCAAUAAGAUUAAUAAAAA